AUGCAGUGUACAUCCGGCGACUACCACCUGGACUGGUUUGCGAAGCGCUUGCGCAGCUUGUUGUACCUAGGAAUCUUCUUUUACCUCACCAUUCUGGAGGCUCGUGGAACCAGACGAAGUUCUUUUGAAAUCUUACCAACAGUCCCCAAGAACGAAGAGAUGAUUGAGUAA